AAAAGAAGGGUCUCUCACGCUCACGCAUACGGAUACACUUUCACAAACCCUUUCAAGUUUCAUCAGAGAGAGAGAGAGAAGAAGAAGAAGUAUCAUCAGGAGAAGAUAAUGUCGGGUGUGGGGCCCAUAUCGCAGGAUUGGGAGCCAGUGGUGAUAAGGAAGAAGGCACCAAACGCUGCGGCCAAGAAGGAUGAGAAAGCUGUCAAUGCUGCUCGCCGCGCCGGAGCUGAGAUUGAAACCGUCAAGAAAUCAAAUGCUGGAACAAAUAGAGCUGCCUCUAGUAGCACUUCUUUGAACACCAGGAAGCUUGAUGAAGAAACCGAGAAUCUUCACCACGACCGUGUACCAUCAGAACUAAAGAAAGCCAUCAUGCAGGCCCGACUGGAC